UUGAUUAAUGGCUCCAGCGUUCAAUAAUGCUGUACUAGCGGCUACUGGGAAGGUCACAUUCAUUUGCACCCUUCUCAUUCAUUCUGCGAAAAAGAUUCCUGACUCGAAAGAGCUAUUUCUAAGGUAUCUUAGAACUGUAAGAUUCUUCAGCGUCCCUUGAAAGUCAUGGAGCAACAAGCCGGAAAAUAACCUGGGUUUGUCUGAGAUGCAGAAUUUACUUAGGUCUCUAGGCGUCGCUGUUGACCACCUAAGAAGUAAGCCCGCGAGGCGUCCAAUCCAACUUCACGGCUCCCCUAACACAAAGGGCUGGGCAUUUGGCCCGCAAGCUCCGGGGAGGUAGAGAAAUUCAGUCCAGCAGCCUGCUAGUCCUCUCCACAGUGACCUGCGUCCCGUGCGUGCUGGUUACCUCAGACUCUGAGGAUUACAGAUUGGAACCCCGCCCUGGAUGCUGCAAACUGCCCGGGAGAAGAGACUGCAGCUGAAGAAAUGGCGGCUUUGCUGAAAUUGCCACCCCGCAGCCUUGUCCUGCUGUGCCUUCUCGUGGCGGCCCCGUGGGAGGCUGGAGCUGGGCAGAUGCGCUAUUCUGUGCCAGAGGAGGUCGAAAAAGGCUCCUUCGUGGGCAACAUUGCUGAGGACCUGGGGCUGGAGCCCCGCGAGCUGGCGGAGCGCGGAGUCCGCAUCGUCUCCAGAGGUAGGACGCAGCUCUUUGCUCUGAACGCGCGAAGCGGCAGCCUGGUCACCGCGGGCCGCAUAGACCGGGAGGAGCUCUGCGCCCAGAGCGCGCCGUGCCUGGUGAACUUUAACAUCCUCCUAGAAGAUAAAUUGAAUAUUUAUUCAGUAGAGGUGGAAAUAACAGAUAUUAACGAUAAUGCCCCUCGCUUUGGCGUAGAGGAGCUGGAGCUAAAAAUCAGUGAAACGACUACGCCAGGCUUCCGGAUCCCUCUUAAGAGCGCACACGAUGCAGACGUAGGCGAGAACACCCUCCAAAAGUACGAACUGAAUUCAAAUGACCACUUCUCCCUGGACGUGCGAAGAGGAGUGGAUGGGAACAAGCACCCAGAGCUGGUGCUGGGAGGCGCCCUGGACCGCGAGGAAGAGGCUGUUCACCACCUCGUUCUCGUGGCUUUGGACGGGGGCGAUCCUGUCAAAUCCGGCACCUCCCGCAUCCGUGUGAUCGUACUGGAUGCGAAUGACAAUGCACCUGUUUUUACACAGCCCGAGUACCGUGUAAGUGUUCCAGAGAACACACCCAUAGGCACCCGGAUACUCACAGUGACGGCCACUGAUGCAGAUGAGGGAUACAACGCUCAAGUGGCCUAUUUUCUAGAGAAAACUCCUGAAGAAGCCUCAGAGGUAUUUGAGCUUAAGUCUUCCUCUGGAGAAAUAACAAUCACAAAAAGCUUGGAUUAUGAGGAUACAAAACUCCAUGAAAUUGAUAUUGAAGCUCAGGAUGGUCCAGGCCUUCUUACCAGAACGAAAGUCAUUGUCAUGGUUCUGGACGUGAAUGACAAUGCUCCAGAAUUUUACAUGACAUCUGCUACCAGCUCAGUUCCUGAAGACUCUCCUCCAGGAACAGUAAUUGCGCUUUUCAAUGUCCAUGACAGAGACUCUGGGCAGAAUGCAUUUAUCACAUGUUCACUCCCAGAGAACCUUCCUUUCAAAUUAGAAAAGUCAGUGGACAAUUACCACCGGCUGGUUACAGCCAGAGUCCUUGACAGGGAGCAGGUUUCCUCUUACAACAUCACCGUGACUGCUAAAGAUGGAGGGAACCCCUCUCUGUCCACAGAUGCUCACAUUUUGCUGCAGGUGGCAGACAUCAAUGACAACCCGCCCAGCUUUCUCCAUACAUCCUACUCUGCCUACAUUCCCGAAAACAACCCCAGAGGUGCCUCCAUCUUUUCCAUGACGGCCCAUGACCCCGACAGCGAUGACAAUGCCCGUGUAACGUAUAACGUGGCUGAGGACACCCUUCAGGGGGCACCCCUGUCCUCCUACAUCUCCAUCAACUCCGACACGGGCGUCCUCUAUGCGCUGCGUUCCUUCGACUAUGAGCAGUUCCGUGAACUGCAGCUGUGGGUGACAGCACAGGAUGCGGGGAGCCCACCCCUCAGCAGCAAUGUGUCUCUGAGCAUAUUCGUGCUGGACCAGAAUGACAACGCACCUGAAAUCCUGUACCCCGCCCUCCCCACCGACGGCUCCACAGGCGUGGAGCUGGCACCCCGCUCCGCAGAGCCCGGCUACCUGGUGACCAAGGUGGUGGCGGUGGACAGAGACUCGGGCCAGAACGCCUGGCUGUCCUACCGCCUGCUCAAGGCCAGCGAGCCCGGGCUCUUCGCGGUGGGGCUGCACACGGGCGAGGUGCGCACAGCGCGGGCCCUGCUGGACAGAGACGCCCUCAAGCAGAGCCUGGUGGUGGCGGUCCAGGACCACGGCCAGCCCCCGCUCUCGGCCACCGUCACGCUCACCGUGGCCGUGGCAGACAGCAUCCCAGAUGUGCUGGCUGACCUGGGAAGCCUCAAGCCCUCAGCGGACCCCAACGACUCGGGCCUGACGCUGUACCUGGUGGUGGCGGUGGCCGCGGUCUCCUGUGUCUUCCUGGCCUUUGUCAUCGUGCUGCUGGCGCUCAGGCUGAGGCGCUGGCACCUGUCGCGUGUGCUCCAGGCGUCAGGAGGCGGGCUGGGUGGCGUGCCUGCCUCCCACUUUGUGGGCGUGGACGGGGUGCGGGCUUUCCUGCAGACCUAUUCCCACGAGGUGUCGCUCACCGCGGACUCGCGGGGGAGCCACGUGAUCUUCCCGCAGCCCAACUAUGCGGACACGCUCAUCAGCCAGGAGAGCUGCGGGAAAAAGGAUUUUCUCUCAGCACCUCAAUUUCUACCUGAAGAUAAAGAAGAAACAUUUUCUCAGCUUGGCGACGAGAUUCUUCAUCUGUCUUGACUUGCAUGAUCUUCCUAUUAAAACAUGCAAAUUUAGAAAUAUAUAUGCUUUGCCAUGUUUCAGGAAGGUAUAUCAUGGAACCUCCAUUUAGUUAAAAAAAAUCUCAAUAGCUUCUCAAGUGGCUGUAUUCUUUUAAGAAGUGAUUGAAUUGUGAUUUGCUCUCCAAUAAAUGAUUAGUGUAAUAGUAAA